UCCCACUCAAGGGCUUUCGGAGACUGUCUCGCUGACAGCGUCUCCUGAGACCCCUUAGGCUCUGGGGCGAAGAAACUCUAGGAGUCAAGAAAAACGAAAAGGAAAAGGGGACAGAGAUCGGGAGGGUGGAAAAUGGGGGGUAAGGGAGGCAUGAGUUUGAAGGGGUGAGAGAAACACACACAACUCUACGCAUGCGCGGAAAAUGGUUUUUCCCCCCCCCCGGAAGUACGUCUCCUGAGCCGUAAUACGUGCGCGAGGCUCCUCCCCCGUGAAUUUGUCCCCGCCCUCCCCGUUCCUCUAAGCGUUUCGGUUCCUGGUUGGUGCUUCCUGGUCGCAGCUGCGGCAGUGACAUUAAGGUUGCUGCUUUUCCAUGAUGUUUGGUGGGUAUGAGAAUAUAGAAGCUUAUGAAGAUGACCUUUACCGUGACGAAUCAUCCAGUGAACUUAGUGUUGACAGUGAAGUGGAAUUUCAACUCUAUGGCCAAGUACAUUAUGCACAGGACCUUGGUGAUGUCACUAGGGAGGAAGACAAUGAAGAAAAGAGCUCUGAGGAUCCUGAAUCACUGGAUAUUAAAAAGAUAAAUCCGAAGGGCUUAAUUGUUCUUUCAGAUACUGAUGUCAUCCAGAUAUCAGAUGGUUCAGAAGUUAUCUCUUUGUCUGAUGAAGAUAGUGUCUACAGAUGUAAAAGAAAGAACAGAGGAAACCAGGUACUGGAAAGUCAGUGCGAUCAACAUUCUAAUGAAUCAUCUAGAAAGAAGCCUAAGAGAGGUAUUAAAAAGACUAAACGAGAGAGAUCCAAUGAGAUUCAGGAGGUUAUGGUCAUAGAGGAUAGUUCAAAUGAAGAGAAGGAGAUUACUCUCUCUGAAAGUGGAGAAAGUGAAGUGGAGAGCUGGAUGUUACUGGGAUGUGAAGUAGAUGACAAAGAUGAUAACAUCCUUCUCAACCUUGUGGGCUGUGAGACUACAACUGGUGAAGACAAAAAUGAUGUAAACUGGUUCAUCAGUGAUAAAGAUCUAGAGGCACAAAUAAGUAAUAACAGAUCACAUGCUAAACGAACCAGCAGAUACUAUUCAGCUGACAAAAAUGUCACCUGUAGAAAUUGUGAAAAACGUGGUCAUUUGUCAAAAAACUGCCCUGUUCCACAGAAAAUACGUGCUUGUUGCCUGUGUGCUGAGAGAGGACAUCUACAGUACGAUUGCCCUGCUCGGUUUUGUUUAGAUUGUUCUUUGCCUGCGUGUUACUCCCACAAAUGCUUUGAAAGACCUUCAUGGAAAAAACAUUGUGAACGGUGCGAUAUGAAAGGUCACUAUGCUGAUACUUGCCCAGAAAUAUGGAGGCAGUAUCACCUAACGACCAAACCUGGACCACCCAAGAGGCCAAAGACCUAUUUGGGACGAUCAGCCUUAGUAUACUGCUACAACUGCUCUCGGAAAGGCCAUUAUGGAUAUGAGUGCACAGAAAGACGAAUGUUAAGUGGAACAUUUCCAACAGUACCAUUCAUCUACUACUAUGAUAAGGAGCAUGACAUCCAGGAUCAAGAGCAAAGAAUACAGUGGAAAGUAGAAGAGCUUCAAAAAAAUGGAUAUUUUCCAAGACCAGUCAAGAGACCCCAAAUGGAACCAACAAACAGGAGUCCCUACCAUGAAAUAAAGAAGAGACAUACCGUACAGGAAGACCACAAAUGGCAUCAAAAAAAGAAAUAUCUCCGAAAAACAAAAACAAGCAAUUGGAGCAGUAGAAGCAAAGAAAAAAAAUCGAGGAGGGAUGUCCAAAAGUGGUAUGAUGCGGAUGAAGACUUUAUCAGAGGACCCAGAAGUCACUCUUCAUCUCAUAGGUCCUCCUCCCACUUAGGCCACCAUCACCAAAAGAUGAGUGGAGGGGAGCUUUCCAAAAGGGGUAAAUGGGAGAAGUAUAAGAAAGGAGAUAGAAAAAGAGUAGAUGAUGAGGAGGGUUUAUUCCUUAUUAAGCAAAGAAAAAAGAAGUCCAAGCUGAAAAACAACUGCUGACUUGGCAGUUGCGUGAUAAUUUGGUGUCCUUGUCUGCCUGUGCCCCGGCAUUAUGUUUUCUCACCUCAUUAAAGAAGUAAGAUGUAUGUAUUCCAGCUCUAAAGAAGCUAAGCUGUUCUGUGACCAACAAGUUGUUUAUUGUGUGAGAAGGUAAACAGGUAAAUUGGCCUUCCAUUUUCAGCACUAUUCCAAUUUGAUAAAUUGUACUUUUGACUUAGAGACCUGGGAAUGAGAAAGCUUAACUUCGUGGUGGUGGCGGUGUUGUUUAUUUGUGUGUUUUUUUAAGAAGCCUUUUUAAAUAUACUUUACCAAGAAAAAUAGUUUAUUAAAUGUCAUUCGUCCACAGUCUACAUUUUUUAAAAACAAAGCCUUGAAGUAAAAGAGAAGUGACCAUUGAUCAGAGAAUUUAUUCAGUCAUUUUCAAGAUUGCUUUUUAAACCAAUUGGGAAAGUUUAAAAUGCAUUUUGUUUUGUGUCUAAUUUCUCCUGCUUCUAUAGCUUGUUCUGAAAUCAUUCUUUGUAAGGAACAUGACAUUCUAGCUUUGAAAAUGAGUGAGGUGUACUAAGUACAGUAUGAUUGUGAAAUUAUUGAAGCAUUAGGGAGAUAGGGCACCAGAGCUACAGGAAAACAGAAGAAAUCAUACUGGUAUAAUUAGCAAAAGGAACAAAAGUUCUGGCCAAUGUAUGAAAAGGAAAAUAAAUCAAGGUCUCAAUGUGAUCACUAAAGAAUGUUUUUCUUCAGUGUGAAAAUCACCUUAAAGAAGUCAAUCGCCCAAAUGUGUAAAAAGCUUUUAAAAAAUAAAAAUCACAACAUUUAUUACAGUGGAAAUUUAAAUUAUCUGGCUUUUUAAGAAGCUGUGACAUAUUUUUUUUUUUGCUUUGUUAAGUUAUACUCAGAAUAAAUGAACUAGACACUGAGACAAAACACAGUGGUACAGUGAAUAAAUUUGUCCUUUACAUGAAAAGAAAAUUAGCGAUGAUUAUGUAGGGGUAAUAAGGUUAAUAAAAACAAAUAUAACAGCUUAUUUCCUUGACCACUCAAAAUUCAUCCUAGACCUAGAGUGUGGUAUGAAUUAAAAAAGGGAAAUGUUAUGUUAAUCAGUGAACAUUUAUUAAGUGUUUACUGGAAUGGGCAAUAUACUAAGAGAUGGAGAUGCAAAGGCAAGCAAAGCAGUAGAUGCCUUCAAGCUCACCAUUGAACUGAAGAAACAUGCGGUAAGUCUAUUUAAGAUACUGAGCAGAUGCAAGGUAACUUCAGGUGGGAAGACACUAGCACCUUGGGGCAUCAGGUAUAUAUAGCCUACAGCAGAAAGUAGGGUUUGAGCUGCUUCUUGAAAGAAACCAAGAAGGAAAUUCCAACAGACAAAAGGUAUGGAGGGAGAGCAUUCCAAGUAUUCAUGUGAGAACAGUCAGGGCAAAAUUACCAGAGCAGGAUUGAGGAGCAGCAAGUGGGUCACUCUGGGCCAGAGAGUAUAUGGUAGAAAAUAAUUUGUAAGAAGACUAGAGAGGCAGGAGGGGGAAAGGUUGUCAGUGGCUUCAAAUGCCAAAUAAAGGGAGGUUAUAGUUGAUCCUGGAGACAAGAAGAAGCCACUGAAGUUCAUCUCAACCAAGUCACAUCUUCACUUUAGGAAAAUCACUUUGGUGACUCAGUGGAAGAUGAAUCGGAGCAGUGAUUUGUAUGAGUUGAGGUGAAAGGUGAUCAGAGUGAUCUACGGCAAUAGCUGUGUGAGUGGAGGAGGGAUGUAUGGGAGAGAGAUUGUGAAGAUUGAAAUUAUGAGAUGUCAAGUGUAACGAUUGGAAUGACGCCACCUGCUGGAGACUUACUGUAGAAAAGCUCCGCUGUGAGGUAAAGGUCUCU